AUCAAUUUCGCAAUCGGCUCCAAGCGUGGGUACUUUGAUUACAUUUCGUCGAGGCCUUAUUACCAAAACGCCUUCGACACCGUAAUGGCCUCGCCUUAUCGUCGCGACGCGAAGAGUUGGCUCGAUUUCUUCCCAGUUGAAGAGAGGCUACAGGUGCAGAGUUCCUCCGACUUUCUUGUCGUGGACGUCGGUGGUGGUCGAGGCAAAGACCUCCAGACCUUCCGCGAGAAGUUCUCUAAUUUGCCGGGCAGACUUGUACUGCAGGACUUACCACAUGUGCUUGAGACUACCGAUGUUCCCAGUUACAUCGAGAUCCAAGCCCACAAUUUCUUCGACGAACAGCCUAUCAAACGCGCAAAGGCAACCUACCUCCGCACUGUUCUCCACGAUUGGCCGGACAAGCAGGCCAUGGAGAUCUUGUCGAGGAUUCUUGAAGCAAUGAGCCCUAAUUCUCUGCUCUUGAUUCAUGUGAAAGCUAUGCCGGAGACCAAUGUUCCAUGGAUGGCUGCGAUUGGCGACAUGACUAUGAUGACUGCUUUCUCGUCAGCGGAACGAACCAAAAAUGAGUGGGAAUCUCUGCUGAAUAAGGCUGGAUUCAAGAUCAAUGCGGUUUGGAAACCCGAGGGCACUUCCGCGCAGCAACAGGUUCUUAUAGAAGGUGCACUCCAGUCAUUUGAGUAA